UUCGUACCAGAAAUGGCAACCAGUGGAAGGAAACUUUUAAGAGAUAGUUCCAGAGCUGGUUUCGAAAAAAGAGAAAAGAGAAGACAGAUUCGACGUCUGCAAGAAGCUAUCGACAAAAAAGAUACUGAAACUGUAAAAGAGAUUCUGCAAGAUGAAUUUGAUGUGGAUUUCCAGUAUCGUGGACAAACUGCUCUUCAACAGGCUGUAAGGGAAGGCUGCCUUGAUAUCUGCAAACUGCUGAUUGCCAAGGGCGCAAAUGUCAACAUGUCCGAUGCUGAACAGAAUAAUCUUCUCAACAUGGCUUGUUGGCGAGGUUUUGCAGAGAUCUCUGACCUAUUAAUACAGAAUGGAGCUGAUAUAGAUGAACGCAACAUUCACGGGUUUACACCAGCCAACACCUGUGCGUUACAAGGCUACCCUGACAUUCUACAGAUGCUAAUCUCCGCCAAGGCUGACCUUGACAUUCACAACCAGCAUGGCACCACCGCUCUGCACACGGCCGUGGCGCGCCGCCAUUUUGAGUGUGUCCAGUUGCUGAUGCUGGGUGGGUGCAGGGUUGACACCCAGGAUGAGAGACGCCGGACGCCGCUCAUUGUCGCUGCAGGCAGUGGCUUUGCUGACGUCAUAGAGCUCCUUGUGAAUGGAGGUGCCAGUGUUAAUGCCAAGGAUAUCACAGGGACUACGGCUCUGUUUUCUGCUGUUGCCAACGGAUACCCAGAAGUUGUGCGCUCUCUGGUGAACAGUGGGGCUGAUAUCAACCAGCCCACAACUAAAGGGGUCACACCAUUGCUGGAGGCCAUACAUAAUGGCUUCACAGACAUUGCCCAGUUGCUCAUCGACUCCAAGUGUGAUGUCAAUCUGACUGAUCGACUUCACCAGGCUCCCAUACAUCUGGCAAUUGCUAAAGCCUCACAGUUCUUCAGUGAGACAACCGAUGCAGCCACAGGUCUGGUGAGGAGCCUGGUGGAAGCUGGGUGUGACAUCAAUCUACCUGAUAAAGGGGGCUCCACUCCACUAUAUCAGAGCGCCUCGGCUGGAAACCUGGAUCUGACAGAGUACUUGUUGAGCAGAUCAGCAGAUAUCGCAGCACGUAAGAAGGAUGGUGAUACUGUGUUGCACGGUGCUGUACAUGGAAACAACCCAAAUAUUGUACAGAGGCUUAUUCAGGCUGGAUGUCCAUUAAAUGAUAAGAACCUGAAGGGGGAGCAUCCUCUGCUUACAGCCAUUACAUUUUCAGCAAAACUGGAGAUGAUCAAGGCUCUGGUAUCAGGUGGAAGCUGUCUGGAUGAGAGGGACACUGUGGCAGGCAACACACCCCUCCACUAUGCCAUCCUGCACUACAACACCCCAGCAGCACUACUGCUCAUUGACUCAGGUUGUGACGUGAACAUGCUGAACACAAAAAGACACUCGCCCCUGUACACGGCUUGCGAAAAGAACGCAGAGGAAGUUGCAAGGAGGAUUCUGGGAAGUCCCAAAUUCCAGAAGCGUCUUUUCCUUGUCCGGAAUAUUCCCCAGCCAUUGUUUGCUGCUGUCUCAAACGGCCAUGCACAUAUGGUAGAUAUGCUCAUACAGACUGGUUGUGACAUUAACAUGAUCAAUUCUGACGGCCAGACCCCUGUCCAACAGGCUCUGACAGAAAACUGUCCGUUUGUCGUGAAACUUCUACUUAAGUACAAUUGCGAUCUACAUGCGCAUGCGCGAGUAAAACGUCUCUACAAAUGCUGCCUCCUGCAUGAAGACCAGCAUCCCCACUUUGACCUUGAACCUUUGUUUGUGGCCUUGACCCACAAAAGUGUUGACCUCUUGAAACUGCUUAUUGUCUGCUACUGGAAAAUUCCAGGAAAGUUUAUCGCAGAACUUGACAAUGUUUUUCAGACUACUGCAGAACUAAAUACGCACUAUUCUCAUGAUCUGAAAUCAGAAAUCCGAGAAGUUUUUCUUCUCUCAUCAAGGUUUCCAAGAAGCCUGAAGGAGUGUUGUCGAGCGCUUGUCAGAGAGAGGCUUGGGGCCUGCCCGGGGGAAAAGGUCGAGCAGUUGCCGGUAGCAACCAUGAUGAAGGACUAUAUAUUGAUGGAAGAAUAUUUCGGGGAUUUGUGGGAGAAGAUUGAAGAGCAUGAAAACAGUCAGCCAAAGCACAACUUCAAUGCAUUUAACUCCGUGACAUAUAGAGAUAUUGGACCCUGAGUUGAGUCGCGCUUAUUCAGUAUUUUGAGUAACUUGAAAAUGCAGUAGUACAGAAUUGUUUUAGUUAACUGUUUGUUAAUUUUGAAUCAUUAAUAAUAGUUUCCAGUGUUGAUGAUAAGAAAGUGAAAUAUCUUAGUUUAUUGUUAGGUAGUUUAUUGUUAGGAUAAUAAGAACAAUUAUUGAAAAAAAACUCUCAUAUAUUAGCAUGUUUAAUAAUCUUAAGCUGUUUCUUAUACAUGUACCCCCAAUAUAAAGUAAAGGGCGAUUUUAGAAUCACUAAGAACGUCAGUCUGUAUGUCAGUCAGUCUGUUGGUCCGCAGACACAAACUUGUUUGGAGAUUGCCAUCUACACUAUUCAACAUAUGACACUCAAACUUGCUAGGAUUGUUUGUUGUGAUAUGAAGGUGUGCUUGUACGAUUUUUAUUUUUCCAUCAGAAAUGAUUAUAAAAGUAAUGCACCUUUUUAAACUUUGUAAUUCUAAAACAUUAUGUUACUAAAGACUUAAACAUCUUUGCAACAAGACAGUACGGAUGUGACUUGUUUGGUAUGACACACUCAUGUACAAAAAAUGUAUAUUGUCCCUUUACUUAGUUUUAUCAAAUCAAGACCCUGGGGUCAAAACUGGCCACACCUAGGGGGUUGAAAAGUUUGUAUGGGCUAACAUAGCUAUCAAACUGUACUAUUUUCCUCUGAAAGAACAACACACAAAGGUUUAAUAUUUCGAAUUUCAAGUUUAAUUGAUGUUCUGUACAAUACUGGCGUCGACAAAGGGUCAAAUAUGACAUUACCUAAACUUGCUACAUAUUAAUACAUGGAGGUUUGUAGUGGGCUUGUUUUUGUCAUUACUGUGUAGACUGCUAGUUGUUAAUGUUAAGAACACCAACAGUAUAUUACAACAAUUAAGACUGUCUUGUUCAGACUAAAUGUUUGUUAUCAAAGUUAGAUAACACGUGAAGUUUAAUUAAAUACAGCUGGAAAAAAUGGAUGUACCGGUACUUUUUGUUGACUCAUUGGGGCUACACUCUAUUCCAUGUGUUAAUUAUUCUUUACUUGUUUGUCAACGACUUCUUCUACCUGAAUGCCCUUGAUAUAGUUUGUAAAUAACAUAUUUAUUGACCUCAAUUAUUAUAUGAAUCAGUGUGGCUUGUGUUAUCAUUCAUAUCUUGUUGAUAUCCAAGCAAGAAUUGUCACUUUGUUACUCUACAUAACUUUUCUUUUCAAAAUUACAAGUUCAUGAUGUUGUAAACAACUUUAUCUGUAACAUUAGAUUUAUUAUGCCCCUCUUCGAAGAAUAAGGGGUAUAUUGUUUUGCUGGCUGUCUGUCGGUAGACCAGUCUGAAUGUCAGUUGACCAGUUUGUUUCCGAACAAUAACUCAUCAACGAAUUGACCGAUUGACUUGAUACUUCACAUGGCCUUGGACAGUCGAUGACCCCUUUUGAAAUUGGGGUCACUAGGUCGAGGUCAUUAUCACUCUGAGUGUGAAAAUAGUUUCCCAUCAAUAACUCGUUAACGAAUUGACCAAUUGGCUUGAUACUUCACAUGUACAUUGGCCUUUGACAGUAGAUCAUCAUCACUGUAGAUGACCCCUUUUGAAAUUGGGAUCACUAGGUCAAAGUUUAAGGUCACUAUUACACUAAGUGUGAAAAUAGUAUCCAAUCAAUAACUCGUCAACAAAUUGACCGAUUGGCUUGAUACUUCACAUGUGCAGUGGCCUUUGACAUUAGAUGAACCCUAUUGAAAUUGGGGACACUAGGUCAAAGUUCAAGGUCACUAUCACACUUAGUUUGAAAAUAGUUUCUGAUCAAUAACUGGUCAACAAAUUGACCGAUUGGCUUGAUACUUUACAUGUGCAUUAGCCUUAGACAGUAGAUGACCCCUAUUGUAAUUGAGGUCACUAGGUCAAAGGUAAAGGUCACUAUCACACUAAGUGGUUUCUGAUCAAUAACUCGUCAAUGAAUUGACUGAUUGGCUUGAUACUUCACAUGUGCAUAGGCCUUGGACAGUAGAUGACCCCUAUUGAAAUUGAGGUCACUAGGUCAAAGGUCAAGGUCACUAUCACACUAAGAGUGAAAAUCAUUUCCGAUCAAUAACUCUUCAACCAAAUGUGCAUUGGCCUUGGACAGUAGAUGACCCCUAUUGAAAUUGAGGUUACUAGGUCAAAGGUCAAGGUCACUGUAAAACAGUAAGUGUUAAAAUGUUUCCCAUCAAUAACUCGUAAACUGAUUCACCGAUGGCUUGAUACUUCCAUUCUGCAUUGGCCUUGGACAGUUGAUGACCCCUAUUGAAAUUGGGGUCACUAGUUUAAAGCCUUGUUUGGAGGGGCAUAUGUCUCCGUCCACAGAACACUUGUUGUUUUUGAAUGGAGCUAUAAGUUCACUGGAAUGAAUUUCAUUUUUAUAUGCAAUUAUUAUGCGCAAGGAUUGUUGGGAUAUAAAAUGUCUCUUAGUGAGGUUUAUAGAUAUUGCAAAGUCGUCUGUCUGUCAGUCUGUUCUGCUUCUUAUGCUGCACACAACUGAGAAGGUAUUCUCUGGAUUCAAAUGAAACACUAUACAUGUAUAAUGAUAGAGGGCUAUGAGGGAAUGUGCAGCGCACAAGUACCUUACUCACUCAUCAGUAGUUUAGGAAAUAUUGUUUUCUGAGAAUUGUUUUCUUUGGCAGACCAUACUCCAUUAAUGUGAAAGACAUGUAAGUAAAACUAUGUACAUGUAUAUUGUUAAAGGACAUUUAGAGGAAGUGCAAAGAACAACAACUAUGUUAUCCUUAUUUUUUGCCAUUUGCUUAUAUUUUGGUAUACAUGUAUAAUGUUUCUUGUGUGGAACCUAACUCUGCAAGUGUUGAAGGUAUUUUAAUGAACCAUAAUAUUAUGAUUGAAGGCUUUAAAAAAAAACGAAAGUUAAAAUGACCACAUCCCUUUGCAAGCUUAUUGCAUUUUAUUAUUUUUUCAUGUGUUAAGCAUGCAUUGGAGAUUCAUAAGUAUUGAAAAAAAAAAACAGCUUCAUAUAUUGAUAUGAAAUUGAGAGGAAGUGCAUUGUACAAGAACCAAAACUCUUUCAUAGAAUUUGUGGAGAAGUGAAGAGUAAAAUGUUUUUGGAUUUAUUUCCCUUGGUAUAUAUCAUGCGCAGAGUCCAAUUAAAAGGAGCACUUUUAUGGAUCUGUUAAUAACUCAAAAAAAUGUUAAAGGGAUUGAAAUAAUUUCAACUUCUGUCACAUUCAUAUGAAUGCUGCAUUCUGAUUGGAUUAUUUGUUCACGUGACCGCUUUGUCAUUUUCCGAUGAACCCACUUCGUAUGCAAAUUUAAACAUGAAUAUUCAUGGCGCUACUUUUUGGUCAUAAACAAGUUGCCAAAAUGACGUUAUAUUUUGCGCAAAAUUUAAUGGCAUUUUUUAUUGGUCAAUAGUAAAAUGACGUGAUAUUUUUGCGCGAACUUCAACGAUAUACCCGUUUGACGGAGAUGAAACCGAAACUGAAAAUAGAUUCAAACGCUAGAUUAAAAAGGACUUUUAUGACCCUUACCACGGUAGAAUUUCAGCUUUAAGGUUAUUUUGUGUUGUAAUUAUAAGAAUUGAAUAGCAUUUUUCUGCAUUUCAUCGGUGUAUGAACUGUCGGGAAAAUGACGCCUAAUUUAUGCAUAAACGCCGAUAGGUCAUACUCCGAUGAAAUGCAGAAAAAUGCUAUUCAAUUCUUAAAUGAAACUGCAUAUAAAAAUAUAGACUUUAAGAGGCAAUUCUAAGUACAAUAACUAUUACUCUUUCUUUGUUAUUAAAUUUUGUUUAAAUAACUUAUGUAAAGCAUAACUUUUUAUAUAAAAUUGAUUAUAUUAAAAAAACAUAAAUCAGUUGAGGGAUUGGAAGUUUCUGUUUUUCAAUAAAUUUAUAAAACGUUCCUGUUUUCCCCUAAUUGCUGGCCAAGACAACACUUUAAGCUCAAAUCAAAACUUCAGAGGCACUGGGCACUUAUAGUGGCAGCACUUAAUUGUUAUACCCCUACAAACAAAGUUUAGGGGGGUAUAUAGGAGUGAAUUUGUCAAUCAGUCUGUCUGUCGGUCUGUUGGUUGGUCCGUAUUAAGUGUCAGCUCUCUAAUUCAAGUUGUUUUCAUCUGGUCUUCAACAAACUUGGUCAGAUGUUGUCUCUAGAUGAUGUCUAGGUCAAGUUCGAAUAUGGGUCAUGUCGGGUCAAAAACUAGGUCACGGGCUCACUUGGUGCGUUUUAAACAUUGAGCAUGGUGUCUGCUCUCUGAUUCAAGUAGUUUUCAUCCAAGCUUCACCAAACUUGGUUAGAUGUUGUAUUUAGAUGAUGUCUAGGCCAAGUUCGAAUAUGGGUCAUGGCAGGUCAAAAACUAGGUCAAUGGGUCACUUAGUGCGUUUUAAACAUUGAGCAUGGUGUCCGCUCUCUAAUUCAAGUAGUUUUCAUCCGAGUUUCACCAAACUUGGUCAGAAGUUGUAUCUAGAUGAUGUCUAGGUCAUGUUCAAAUAUGGGUCAUGCCAGGUCAAAAACUAGGUCACUUAGUGCAUUUUAAUCAUUCAGCAUGUUGUCCGCUGUUUUUUGUGAAGACAACAUGCAAAAUAGUCUGUGUUAAUGCGGCAUGUUUUUUUAACUGAUUGAAUGCUAUUUACUUGAGUUUGGUGAUAAUAGAAUCCUACAAUAAGAAGGACUGUAACAAAUAUCCGGAUACUCUGAUAUCCGCGAAUCAAACAGACAAUCCAGUCCGGUUAACUAGUUGUGUAAUAUUAUCGGUCCAUGUGCAGAGUUUUUGUACUGAUUAAAAUUUUACAAAAUAAAUUUUCAGUGUA